AUGCAUUUCUUACCGCGGUUGCUAUUGAGUAAUAGGAGAUAUGUCUUCUCUCUAGGUGGACUCGCUAGGUAUCUCUCCACGGCUGGUGGAGGUUGGGGAGAUUUACACUUGGCGGCUGCCACCGGGAACCUGGACUUAGUAAAAUCCCUACUGGAGCAAGGGUACGACGUUAAUGAACGCAUUAUGGACCGAAGUACGCCACUCCAUCUGGCCGCCGCCAAUGGCUGGGUACUUGUCAUAGAGCAUCUCGUAGAGAAUGGUGCCUCCCUGAACGCUGUUGAUGCGAGCGGUCUGACCCCGCUGCAAACGGCAUUGAGGAAUCGUCAGCAGAAGUGCGUGCAGUCGCUGAGUGGAUGGAAAGCUAGAUGUGCCAAUGCUGAUAAGAUAACGCCACCGGCCACCUUCAGAGAUAUGAGUCCUCAUGACGACUCGGUACAGUCCGGCGAGACCGCUGUUCAUGUAGCGGCUGAAUCCAAGAACGAGGAUGUCCUCCGAGAGAUUAUCAAUUUCGUUGGCCCUUCGGCUGCCGAUAUAGAAUACUCCGUGAUUAUCGAGAAAUGCGGUGCCUUGGAAGACCUACUCAUCCUACGAGACAAAGCGGGCCGUAGUGUGAAGGACAUGCCCGGCGCUGCUGAUAUCCUAGCGGCCAUUCUUCGAGGGAGAGCAUACGCUCUCGACGUUAAGCGCUUUGUCCGAGCUAAGUAUCCACAGCUGUCCCUUAUGAAUCCUAACAAAGAACGCAUUCCAGUUAACAUAAAUUGCCGUGAUGAGGUGAUUCAUGGUGCAACUCCUUUGCAUUAUGUGGCAACCUCUUGCGAUGCCUUACCGUUGAUGGAUAUGCUCAUUGCUCACGGUGCUAAUGUCAAUGCCCAGUCUGAUGCAUGUGGGGAGACGCCGCUGCACUGGGCGGUGAAGAGCUCUUCGGAUGCACACUUUGCGAUGGUUAAGGCACUUUUGGCCGCGGGGGCGGACGCGACCAUGCAGACGUUCAGACCAACGGGUCAGAGACGAAUGAUUCUACCCGAUAUACAGCUAAGUGCUGGCAGUACUCCAAUUCAUUAUGCGGUUAGACUACGGAAAUAUAAUGUAUUCGCUCUGAUCGUUGAUCAUGUUAGGCCCAGCGAAGCCGACUGCGACCCUGCAGUGCGAGACGCGAAGUCUCAAGCGUUCGAGGAGUUGGUUGCCAUUAAAGACUGCGAAGGCCGCUCUGUUAACGAUCUCCUACGAUGA